UUCUUACUGACUCGGCAAGUCGGCAUCAUCCUGAUGUGUGCUCCUGGCUAGCUCUCUCUCUCUCUCUCUCUCUCUCUCUCUCUCUCUCUCUCGCCGGCGGCUACCGCGCCGCCUCGCCCCGCCCUACGCUGAUCUCGACGGUUCCUUGCGUCCGCCACCGACCCGCCCACCGCGGUUCCUCCACCGCUCGGCGGACGGCGCUCUGGCGGUCCCUGCCUUCGACCCCCACAACCCGCCUCCUCCGCCGGGCUGGCCGCUUGGCCAUCUCUCUAAUGCCGCCGGCCAUGAACCCCUUCCUAACAAUCCCAAAUCCCUAACCCCCUUCUGCCCCGCUGAUCCCCACUACAAGGUUGUGCCCCACCCAAACCUCAAACCCCGAAUCCUAAUCCCAUCCGAGUGCGAGCGUGGGCAAGCAAGCCACAACAUGGAGCUCGGAAUCAAGGCAAGGGAUGGAGAGAUCAAAGGAGGUCAGGAGGAUAUGCCAUGGCGGAACCGCGCAAGGAAGAAGACGGGCAUCGAGCUGGUCCAGCAAUCCCUGUUUGCUACUUCAAGAACUCGGAAGUGAGAAGCCGGUGGCAACGAGGUAAGGACCCAAAGCGGGAGAUCGAUCAGAGCAAGAAGAAGAAGGUGAUGGCGACAUCUCCACUAUAAAUUUCCCCUCAUCUUCCAUUUUUCUUUUGCCGAAUCUCUAGCCGGCCAUGACUCUGCUCCUCCGAUUCUUCUACGCAGCAUUGGGCUUACAUUCCCCGGUUCGUCGGCGACGGAGAUGACCGGCAACCGCAGACCGACGCCGCCGCUGCUGCCGACGACCGGUCAGGAGGCAGCAGCUGCCGGCGAGAAGGAGAAGAACGAGAGCCUCGAAUUGGGCGCCGCGACAGCCAUCUUCGCGUUGGUCGUCCUGCUCGGCUGGCUGUGCCUCCACGAGGCCAUGCACCCGGGCAAUGUGCGGAUCUCCAUCUCCUUGCUGCUGUCCUUCGCAACCUUCCUCUGCGGCGAUGCCCUCGUUCUAGUCAGCUUCAGCACGAUGGGCCUCACCGAGGACCUCGUCUCCCGCUGCCAGCGCGCCGCCGCCAAGUGGCUGCGCCUCGGCUGCCACCUGAUGGUGGCGCUGACUCUUGUCAGUUUAUUGGCGCUCCUUCCAGGACGGGUCCACCUGUACCUCGGGCUGGCCUUUGUUACGGUGCUCAUCGGGGUGCAGUGUUACUACCUCAUCUGGUGCCCCGCGCGCACCGCCCGUGCCCGCGAGGCGACCGACGAGGAGCAGAAGAAGCUGGACGCCGCGUCAAAGGUUACGUCCUGCGUCACCUACUCCGCCUUCGGCGGCAUGGUCGGAGUUGUCUUCGACGCCUCCAAGGUCUCCGCUCAGGCGGGCGCGGGCGCCAUCGACGCGGCCGCCUACUCCGCCAUCUUCUUCCUUUUCGCCAGCGCUAUCCUCGGCAUGCUCGUGAUGAAGGUGUCCAAGAUGGCGCCGGAGGUCGGCGGUCCUCCGCCAUGCCGGCAGCUAUUCAUCGCGGGGGUAAUGCUCGCCAACGCCUUCUUGCUCUGCACGUUGGCAUGCGCCGCGUUGGCAGCAUCAUUCGCGGUGCUGCGGUGCCGCAUCUUCGCGGCCUUCGCGCCGCUGGUCAUCUCAGCUGCCAUCUCCUUGCUACUACUCUGGCGCGGCGACGCUCGCCGCGGCGGCCGCGCCGGCGGGGCGAAUCUGCGGGAGAGCCAGGAGGCCCGAAUCAAGGCGAUGGAGGACAUUGCGAGCAAGGUGAUGGUGGCGACGCUGGGAGGCAUCAUGAGCGUCCUCGGUGGAUGGCUCGGCGAGGAAGACCACGCCAAGUGGGGCGCUAUGGACGUGUUCAUGGUCAUCCUCACCUCCGCCUUCGUCUCCAGCUUCGGCUUCACGGUGCUCGUCGCGGCGCCGGGCACGGCCAGGGCGCGCCUCGCUCCGGCGGCCAGGAUCCUGAUCUGGUCGACGGUGGCGUUGUUUGCAGCGACACCUGUUGCCGUGUACGCAGUGGAAGCGGGGACCGUGUGAAGCCACGCUGUCUUGCUAAUUAAGCACGUUUUUAAGCUUUUAGCAACAAAUAGAGGUGGUACGUUAUUGUAGUGCACGCUUCUCCGGUUCAGUUCUCUCACUGCAAUAUUCUUUCGUUCUCUUCGUGUGUAGGAAAAUACUGUAGCUUAGCUGGUAAGGUUUAUUGUAGUGGAACCUACUCAUCCGUUCCUCUCUGGUCUCUGUAACGCUGAGGUGUACACAGCCAGCGCAAAAACGGCAACGGUUCCCACAGUUUAUCUGUAACACAGCAACGGUGGAUCCGACAUGUGAUGAUAAAUUAUUUUCCAUC